UUCCGUUAAUCUAUUAGUAUUUUGCCAACUGGACAUAAUUUUGUCAUUUUGCAAAAUAAUGCAAUUUUCUUAUUGUUUACGUUUGCUACGUUACAAAAUAAAUGCUUUGAUUUUACAAUUGUGAUAUGAGUGCACAGAAUGUCGUGGUUAAACCUUAAUCAGAGUUUAAACAACUUGAAAGGACAAAUUACGACUUUUGCUUCUGAAGUUCUAUCUGAAGCUCCAGCUGAGGAUUCUGAUGUUGCAAUAGCAAGAGAUGAUAGCUUAAUAAAAGAACUUGAAGAAAAAUGCCGCCUCCAGGAGCUCGAGAUUGCAUCGUUGAAGAAGUUAACAGAUGAUUUGCAGACUUCGUUGCAGUCAGAGAGACUUUCAAGAAAAAAUGGCCUCAAAGAUGAAGAAUCCAGUUGGUAUUGGGAUCCGCCACCCGAAACAUCUAAUUCCGGCCGACAUAGUGAAAACCGCUAUGAAAUGCAAAUUCGCGCAUUACAAGACGAGAUAUCCUCCUUGAAAGAACGCAGCACUAUUGACAUGAGGCCUGAUACUGAAGAGGAAUUAAACCGCCUUAGAGAAGAAAAUCAAAAUUUGACAACCAGCCUAGAAGAAUUAGAUGCCCAACAUCAAAUGGCAAUGGAGCGGUUGCUAUCUUUGAAAAAAGAAUUACAAAAGAAUUUUGAAGUUUUGAAGCAGGAACACGAAGAUUUAAAAAAUAGUAAUGAUGAAUAUGCAAACGAAAUAAAAGAAUUGUUAAACAAAUUAGGAGAAAGAGAUAGAGAAAUUGAAAACUUACGAUUGGUGAAAUCAGACUUAGACACAUUACAUCAUAAAUAUCAAAAUUUGGAAAGAAUCCAUAGUUUGUUAAGAGAAAACGCUGAAAAAUUUCAAGAAGAAAAUCAAGAUUUACAUGAAGAAGUGUUUAAGUUACAAGAGCAAGUUACAAAAUUAGAACAUGAAAUGGAAAUAUCCUCGAAACAUUGCGAAUUGUCUGAUAUGGUACCAAGAGAGAGAUAUGAUGAUUUAUUAAAAGAACUUAACGAUUUAAAGGACAGAAGAAAUGCCAAUCAAGUGGAUUUAGAUGAAAUUAACAUUGAUGAUAAUGCUAAAAGCGUUAUUGAAAAUUUAAAACGAGAAAUAAAUGAGCUAAAACAUAAAGUAGCUCAAAAAGAUCUGGGAAAUUUAGAUAACGUAAACCAUAAAACAGUUAAGUCGGAAAAAAUUGCACAGUUAUAUAAUAAAUACGUUAACUUUGAACUUCCGGUUGAUUAUGUUGGUGAAAUUCCUUCUGCUAGUGACAAUGUAACUAUAUUUAAAUUAGAAAGUGUUUUUAAAACUAUUAAUGCAUUCAAAAAGGAGAUAGAUACGCUAAAACAUGAACUUUCACAGAAAAAUUUAAAUACUAAUCAUUUACAAACACAGAUUGAUGAUUUAACCACUGAAAAUGAUUUCCUGACUAAUGACAUUCAACAUUUUGAGAGAGAAUUAAGUGAAAUGAAAAAAAAUAAUGAUUUUCUAAUAUCUGAAAUAGCGGCCUUAAAGAAUACGUCCAAGUUAGAACCAAUAAUUGAAACACAUGAAGAUAAUUUAGCGAAAUUAGAAACGGAAUUGGCUGAUUGUAAUAGGAUUAAUAAAACAUUUGAGUCUGAGAUAAAUAGGAUAGAGAAAGAAUUGGGUGAUGUUAGAAAAGAAAAAAUUGUUUUACAAGGAAGUCUAAAUGAUUUAAAAGAAAAAUAUACAUCAAUGUUAUCAGAGUUAGAAAUGUUUAAAAAUCAAACCAAAGCUGUUGAAGAGCUGGAAAGCAAUACUAAUGCUGAAUACGUGAAAAAGAUGAAAGAUGCAUCGGACGAAAUUGACGAUUUAAAGAAGCGAUUAAAUACUUCUCAAGCUAAAAAUGAGCAGCUCUCAAUCGAUAUACAUAUAAUAGAAAAUGAUAAAGUGUUACUUACUAAAGAAGUAGACGACUUGAAAAACUCUUUGAACGAGAAGUCUUCUGAACACAAAGAAUUAGAAGUCUUAAAAGUAACAUUGGAUCAAAAACUACAAGACCUGGAAAUCAAACUUGAUGAAGUAAUUAGACAUAAGGCAGAAGUUGAAAGCGAAAAGUACAAACUUGAAGAAAAAGUUCUUAGUUUAGAAAAUGCAGCUCUAUCUAAAACUAAUACUGUAACAAGUUCUGUAAAUGAACUGAAUACUACAGAAGAUAUGAGAUUGCACGAAAAAAUAGAUAAGCUUGUCAGAGAGAAUGCAGAUUUAUUAGAAACUGCUAAAAAUGUUCAUGAACUUCAAACGACAAUAGAGAAAUUAAAAGUUAAAAUUGUGGAACAGGAGUUCUUUAAUCAUGAGAUUGAAUCAUUGAAAGAAGAAAAUAAGAAUGUUCUUAAAAGAAAAUUAGAACUUGAAUCUGAAUUAUCGUCAACAGAGUCCAAAUUAUUACGUUUAGAAGAAGAGUUCGAAAAGUUAAUAUCUGAUAUUAACGAAAAAAAUACUUUAAUAAAUGAUUUAAAUUCAACUAUUUUCAGAAAUAAUGAUUGUUUAAAUAAGUUAUCUCAAAAUGUUACUGAUCUGGAAAAAAAUAUAUCAAAUAAAAAUGAGGAAAUCAAUCAACUUAAGAAAACUUUAGAAGAACUUCAAAGUACCUUACAUGAUACUAGUCAGAAAUCAAGUCUUAGUCAGGAUGAAUUAAAUAGAUUACACUCUGAAAAAGAAGAAAUAAAUAAACAGCUGUUUUCUCUUAAUGAUGAAAUUAGUGCUAAGAAUGCAGAGAUUUCUGACCUAAGUAUUAACUUACAAGAAAGUAAAAAAUCAUGUAUUGAAUACAAAAAUAUAUUAGAAAACAAAGAAAAGGCCAUAAAAGAGUUAAGUCAGUCUAUAGUAGAAUUGACAGAUAAAUUAAAAACUACAGAUAAUACUACACAUCAUAAUGACGAAUAUGCAAGAUUAGAUCAAGAAAAAAACACAAUAGAAGCUGAAGUCGCUUUAUUAAAAAAUAAUUUUACAGCUAAAGAACACGAAGCUCUAAAUUAUAAAGAGAAACUGGAGCAGUAUGAAAAAGCAUGCUUGGAAUAUAAAACAAUAUUAGAUAAUUUCACAAUUGAGAAAAAUGAACUUAUAAAUUUAGUAACUUUAAAACACAAUGAAAGUAUACAGUAUCAUAAUGAAAUACAGAGAUUAAAUCAUGUUUUAUUAGAAUUAAAAGGUAUUGUCGAAGAAAAAGAUAAACUACUGCAGAAUCAUACAAGUGAUUGUUCCAAUUGUGAAAUGAUAAAAAUGACUCUUAAAGAGAAAGAUGAAAUAAUAAUGAAUUUAAAUCAAAGUGCCAAUAUCAAUGGUGAUAAAAUAAGAGAGGAGUUAUUAGAAGCGAAUCAAACCAUAAGGAACUUAACUGAGGAACGUGAUAAUCUUGACAAAAGUCUUGCUAUACAGCUAGAAACUGUAAAGAAAUUGAGAACAGAAAAUGUGCAGUUGUCAGAACAUGAGCAGAAUUUGUCAAGAGAACUAGAACGUCUCCGACAUCACUUAGUAGAGAUGGAAGAGAAUUAUACUCAAGAGUUAAUGACAUCAGAGCAGAAAUUAACUGAAUGUCAGACAAGACUAAAUCAAGUCGAGGAAAGGGCUAAGCAGACCAGCACUGUGUAUACUAGCAACAGUAUUCGGGCGAAUCAAGAAGUGGAAACAUUAAGAAAUCAAAUAAAACUCCUGGAAAAACAACGUGAAGAAGUGCAGACUAGACUGAGCGAAGCAGAGGACGCCCGAAGUAGAAGUGAAGCUGCGUUAACAAAUUUACAAGUGGUGCUAGAACAAUUCCAAUUAGACAAAGAACGUGACAUACAUGCAGCCACAGAGAAGAUAAGAAAUAAAAUGGAAGACUUGAAACGUGAAAACGAUGGAUUACGAGAUGAAAUAUCAAGGCUAGAUCAUAAAUUAGAGGAAUCUCUGGCGGGAUUACGAGCAGCUUCAAGAUUAGGUGAUCAAGUAGAAAUGAAGACUGCGCAGAUCAACGAUCUGAAAGAGCAAGUACGCACCCUGCAAAUGUCGGUGGCGGCAGCUGAGGAGAGAUACAACAACACGAUAUCCAAUCAGCAGGACAAAGUCGACAAGAACCUGGUGAAGAAUCUUGUCAUGAACUACGUGAUGGCCGCCGCGCAGAGUGCCCAGAACCGAACCAGAGUCCUCAAGAUACUGUCAACGGUCCUCGACUUCAAUCAGCAAGAGUGCGAGAGGCUCGGUCUAGCGCGGUCCACCAACGCCUCAGAAGGGAUAGCGGCGGAGUUCGUCAAGUUUCUGGAGAACGAGUCCAAACCGCGAGCCCCGCUGCCCAACAUGAUGGGUUUAACCCAAACCACAAGCAGAAGCAGUACGCCCACGUCAAAGAACUCUUCGACCUUGGGUCCGAAUCCCUACGAAGUUGGUCACAAAAGGAAUCUUUCUUCCGGCUCCAACAACCUCUUAUUCCAAAACAUAGACUCUGUUGAAACCUCCUCACAAAUAUCCAUAGAGUCCGAUCAUAGAGAACCUAGAGUUGUGGCGCAGUUAGACACGGGGGUCAAUCAAACUAGAAACACGGAGGGCGCCAUCUUGAAACAUGUUUUAAAAGAAAUGUAAAAUAUUUUUUAUGUCUAUAAUUUAAGAGUUAUACACGGCACAAGCAGACGCGCGCCACUUCGGAGAAAUUGUGAAAUCUAUACAACCAGUUCAUUAAAUAGAAAAAUUUUUGACUAUAAAGUAGCCAGGUCUUUUAUAAUAAAUGUCGAUAUCGAUAUUUUGGACAGCGGCAAUGAUUGUACAACACUGUAUACAUACAUUGAUUUUGUUGGUUGGUACUCAAUGGUUGCAUAGAUUCAUUUUCUAAUUUCGUCAAUAUAAAGACAGUGCUGACUCUUAAACAAAAUAAAGAUUGCUUACUCUGUGGACGCAAAUGGAUGACAAAUGUCCCAAAUAAAGCACUAAUAUUUAUUUAUUGAAUUAAAUUUUUCGUUUUCAUUCAUCACGACAUAUUCCGUACGAGGUGGACAGCAUGAAUCAAAGUCUGUUACUACAAUGAUAGGAAACUUAAAUUCGUUAAAACUGAUACGAUUGAAUUGCAUUUAAUUUUGUGUCGUGUAUAAUUCUCUACAUUGUAACUUACUCACACGUUGAUUUAUUUAAUUUAAAAUAAAAUUUUAAAAUAAUCUAAAUUUGCAAUCGCAUUGAUUUAAUUAGAAAUUUUGGAGUAGUGACUUUAAUAAAAUUAUUGGUAUCAAAAAUAUAACAAAUGGAUUAUAUUAUGUUAACAAUUUAAGUGAAAAUAAUUUAGAAUUUAUAAUUUUAGAAAUUUAAAAUUGUAUCUUUAUAAAUUUGUUACAUAUCGAUGUAAGUGUAUGGACAUUGAACAUCAUCAGUUACAUCUAACUUAACAAUAUCUAAAUUCGAAAACGUGCGUCAUCUAUUCAUUGUGAAUUCAAUGUCAUUGUUUUUGUUAAUUAAAAUACAUUUAUUAUUUUAUACAUAUAAAAAAAUUAUUUCUAAUUCCGUACGUAACUUAGUUUUACGUUAUGUAAAGUGACAUAAUAAAAUUUGAUAUUUUCAAAUAGUGUUUUGUCCAAAUUUUACAUUUGUCAUUUUUUUAUGUUUAUACAUUCUAAUUGUUCAAGCUUAAAUCACAAUAUUUUAAUACUAGCAUCCCGCCCCGACUAUGCACAGAUGCUAAUUGUACAUAUAAAUCUUCUGUAAAAAAUACCUAAAUGACAUUGAACCUCGUACCAAAAUUCGUUGCAUGGUUUAAGAGAAGUAAGCAAAGAAACAGACAGACGCAGAUAGCGACUGUGUAGUAGUAUGGGAACGAUUCUGAGGUGUCAUUCCUCUAAGCCUUAUUUUUAAAUUUGAUAGUUUCUACAUAUCUUUGCACCGCUCGCCAUCGACAAGGAAUUUACUCUCACAUACUUGAACCCAUAAAUGGUCACAUACAGUGUGGUUUCAAAGGAAUUUUUUCCCACAAACGCUCAGGCUGCAGAGUGAGCUUCCUAUCUAGGUUUGCUCCAGAGAUUACAGUAUGGAGUUCUUCAAAAAGGGUAUAAUAUGAUUUGUCCAGGGUCGGCAACGCGUACGUGACACCAGUAGUGUUGCAGGAGUCCGUAAGUUACAGUGACCGUUUACCAUCAGACGGGCUGUAUGCUUGUUUGCAACCUUCGUGGAAUAAUAUAUAUAUACAUUAUUUUUUACUUUUCUGGUAAAAAAUAGUUCAUAAUGGUCCUUAGUAAUAUGCCGUUGUGACAUAAUUUGAUAUUUUGUUUUUAAAAAUUCGUUUAGAAAAAUGACGCAUCAGAAUCGACCUCUGUUUAACAAAUUAACAAGCCUAAAUAGUGCAUUAGCAGCAUUAUAGAUAUUAUAACAGUUUAAAGAAAUACACUAUUAUUCAUGAAAAAGAAAAAUCUCUUACAAAUCUAUUUUUACUGGCAAUGUUUUGUCUCAUUCUUUCAUAUUGGGAAUUGAAUGAGAAAGAAAAAGACAAAACACUAUAUAUAUCAGUCACACCUGUCUCCUAUUAGGGUAGGCAGAAACAAGGAACGCCUAAUACUUCGAUUCAAACAAACCUCUUUCGCUUCUUCCACAUUCAUCAAUCUUUUCAUACACGCUCACCAAUUACGGCUACUUUUAAUUUGGCCCUUCUUCAGCACGUCGCCUACUUGGUCAACAUACGUCCGUCUAGGGCGGCCCCUACCGACAUCUCCAUUCAUUCUUGCUCGAUAAAUCUCUUUCGUAAUUCUUCUUUUAUCCAUCCUCUCCAAAUGGCCAAACCAGUGCAUCAUUCUCUUUACGAUUUUUUGUCACUACAUCGUCUUUCAGUUCCGUCACGGACCUCUGAUCCUGGGGGACCUCAUUUCUUCAUCAUCAUAUCAGACGUUAACUCUCCACUGUUGAACGUAAGCCUUGCCCAGAAGGAAAGUCGACACUCAUCUUUGAGUCCACACUUCUCUCUAAUCAUACUGUUUUAAAAAAAAUUAAUAACUAAAAUAAAUAGGUUUAUAAGAAUUUUAACUUUUUUAUGAAUAAGGAGGGAAAAAUAUAUUACUUUUUUAUUUCAACAAUUUAAACAGACUCCUUUCAUAUGGGUUGCCAUAUGAAAAUUUAUUAAAAUUGAAUUUAGAACAGCGUAUACACUUUGUCUACUUUAUUAUCAACUAACUGCCGCCAUGUUUGUUUUAGACUUCAAUUUAAAACUUAAGGAAACGUGCCUACAAACUUUAAAAAGGCAGGCAAUCCACAAGCAACUUCUCUCGUGUUGCAGAUCGAUUCAGUAGUUUAGUUUUUAAAUUGAAAUAAUUUAUUUUGUCACGAAUAAAGUCGGUAUUUUUUUAAAUCUAUUCUAUUCUUAAAUAAAUUAUUUUUAAUUCUUCGCUUAUUACUUAUUAAUUAAAUAUUUCCCUCAUAUUAAAAAGUAUAAAAAAGUAUUAUAAUAAUAUAUAUAUAUAUAUAUAUAUAUAUAUAUAUAUAUAUAUAUAUAUAUAUAUAUAUAUAUAUAAGUAUACAAUCAAACUGAUAUCUAUUACGGUCGUGUUGAGAAUGAUAAAUGAACACUUUUGUCCAAUAAUUUUCAUUAAUGUCAUAUUGAAAUUAUUAAUUUGCUGCCAUAUUAUUUUUCAUACAAUUUAAAAUGGAAAUAAUCUGAUGGUUCAUCUAUUGGAACGUAGCAACCGUCGCCGGAAUAUACUGUGACGCCCAUGACACAUGUAAUUUGACUGCCAUAUCCCACAUAUAGCAUGUUGUAAAACAAUUUUCGAGCAAACCAAAAAUGGAUAGUAAAAUAGACAAAGAGUUAGAACGUUUAUUGCUAUGUCUGCGCCAUAAAUUACAAUUGUUAAGAAAUGAUGUUACUGCGCACAUGUGAUAUAGUUAGCAGUAAUGAUAAUAUAAUCAUUUGUAAAUAUUUGCCUCGCCACAUACGCGCCUCGAAUGUUUAUGUACACAGAUAUAGAUUCAUACAGAUGGAGCAACUGUACAUUGCGUGCCAAUAUUUAGCUCUAAAUUAAUAAUAAUAAAUGCCACAAGACAUUACUAUAGCGUUAUCUAAUACCGAAUUAAUCAGAGCCUGCCAUAUGCCCAUAAUUUAUAGAUACACUUUUUUAAUACAUAAAAUUAUACAUACACUAGCGACCCGCCCCGGCUUCGCACGGGUACACAUUACAUCACAUCACAUUGGAAACCUCUAAAUUUAUCAGUGUUCCUCUACUAUAUUAUGCAUGUAUUAUACAUAUAAACCUUCCUCUUGAAUCACUCUAUCUAUUAAUAAUAAACGCAUCAAAAUUCGUUAUGUAGUUUUAAAGAUCUAAGCAUACAUAGGGGCAGACAGACGGGAAGUGACUUUGUUUUAUACUAUGUAGUGAAGCACAGGUUUAUAAUUACAAAUAAUAAUAAUAAUUUAUUUAACAAAAAUAUACAUUUGCAAUUACAAGAUACAUAUACAUUACACAUUGUUUGAGAUACACAGUAAGUGUAUCUAGCCUACAUGCUAGGGAAAUCUUGUGUUAUGAAGGUCAGGCUACCGCACUUUGUAUAACUAAAUUUUCUUAUAUAAAUUUAAGAAAUAUUUGUAUUGUGCUGGGAUAGAACCCGCGAAUGUGGGGAAGGAGAGGUCGUUAAAUUAUGUACUAUGAAGCCUAAUUGACUGAUAUCAAAAUUAUAAUUCUAUUUUUUUUUUAAUAGGUGAUUAUAGUAUGGUAACUUCGUCUGCGCUAUCGGUAUACACUGGCGGGGCACCAGUGAGGGAUGACAGAUGAAGAUGAAAGUAGGUCAGUUAGCCCAUCAUGACGAAUUAAACUACAAUGGUUCCCCCUGGAAACCAUCGUGAAUGGUCGACCUGAUAUUACUAGUAAUAGGGCUAUUUGACCCCAUUACUAACAAUCCCUUUCCCCUCAUUAUAAUUCUAUUAGAAAUUUGUCGAAAAAAUUUACGAGGAUUAUAUUUCAGAUGGGAUUUUUGAAAGUGUAGACGUGUAUCUGCUAUCAACAGCUUUCGAACAUGAAGUUUAGUUAAUUUAUUUUUUAUAUAAAAAUUGUUCCAUCUGUAUGUAUCUAUCUCUGUAUGUAUCUAUCUCUGUGUGCACGCUAUUCCUUCUUUAUACAGAGUGAUAUCAAAAUUAUCAGAAAACUUCUAAGGAAGUAUUCUAACAGUGAAAUAAAUAUGGGAUGAAAAACAUUGAAAACACCUCCCAUAACAUAACUGUUAUAAGAUGGGAGGUUUUAUAUUUGGGAAAUACUCAAUUACAUUGAUAAAAUGUAUCCUAAGCAUUUUGGUUUCACCCUGUAUAUCGUUUGCCAGCUUUCAUUGUAAGCCAUCCAUAAUAAAAUUAAUUAAUUUUUAAUUAAAUAAAAUUUAAUAUGAUUUCGCACAAAUUAUUUUGUAAUUAUAGCCCGCUCUGUAGCAUUUACAAAUUUUAUUUCAAUUGUAUAAUAUAUGUUCAAAUUAUUUUAUAUUUAAUUUUUUUAACGAUAAUGUUAAGUUGUUAAUAAAGUUGGUAUUAUCAUU